AUGGUGACGGAGGACAACAGCGAGAGCUGUGGCAGUAAAGCGUACGACACGUCGUCUCCGGCUCAGUCUCGGCAGCAGAGGCAGAAGCUUGAGGUCUACAAUGAGGUUCUUCGUCGCCUCAAGAACUCCAACAACGACGAAGCUAUUCGACCUGGCUUCGACGAUGAACUUUGGGCCCACUUCAAUCGCCUCCCCACUCGGUACGCAUUGGAUGUGAAUGUGGAGAGGGCAGAAGAUGUGCUUAUGCACAAAAGAUUACUACAUUUGGCUCAUGAUCCUGCUUAUAAACCAGCGAUUGAAGUCCGGCUUGUACAGGUUCAUCCCAUCCCAGAUGGGAAUACAGCUGAUUCUAUCCAUUCAGAUUCUGUGGGUGAAGAUGCUGCCCAAAGUUCAAAGUUAUCUAGCAGACAAAGUAUACAUCCUCCUCCAGCGUUUGGCUCAUCUCCUAACCUCGAAGCCCUUGCACUUGAAGCAAAUACAGCUAAUGAUGAGGAUGAUGAACAUUCUGUGCAUGGCAGCACAGAGUUGAAUCGGCCCAUGCAUGAAAUCACUUUCUCAACAGACGACAAGCCAAAACUACUCAGUCAGUUGACUUCGUUGCUUGCGGAGAUUGGGCUGAACAUCCAAGAAGCACAUGCUUUUUCCACAUUAGAUGGUUACUCCUUGGAUGUCUUUGUUGUUGAUGGCUGGCCUUAUGAGGAAACAGAACAGCUUAAGACUGCAUUGGAAAAGGAAGUUUUGAAGAUUGAGAGUCCGUGGCCACCAACUCAUCGAUCAUCAUCUUCGAGUAGCGAGCAUGAUCAAAUAAGGGUCAAAUCUGAACCUACUCAUCUCACAAUACCCAAUGAUGGGACUGAUGUAUGGGAGAUUGAUCCUAGACAGUUGACGUUUGGUAACAAAGUUGCAUCUGGAUCCUGUGGUGAUUUAUAUAAAGGUACAUACUGUACUCAAGAAGUGGCCAUUAAAGUCCUCAAGCCUGAGUGUGUAAAUUCAGAUAUGCAUAAAGAUUUUGCCCAGGAAGUCUAUAUUAUGAGGAAAGUUCGACAUAAGAAUGUUGUACAAUUCAUUGGUGCAUGUACCAAGCCUCCAAGCUUGUGCAUUGUGACAGAGUUUAUGUCUGGUGGAAGUGUAUAUGACUACUUGCAUAAACAAAAGGGUGUUUUUAAGCUCCCAGCCUUGCUCAAGGUAGCAAUUGAUGUUUCCAAGGGAAUGACCUACUUGCACCAGAAUAACAUAAUCCACAGGGAUUUAAAAGGUGCCAAUCUCUUGAUGGAUGAAAAUGAAGUUGUUAAGGUUGCUGAUUUUGGGGUUGCCAGAGUAAAAUCUCAAUCUGGAGUAAUGACAGCAGAAACUGGGACUUAUCGGUGGAUGGCUCCAGAGGUUAUAGAACACAAGCCAUAUGAUCACAAGGCUGAUGUUUUUAGCUUUGGGGUUGUGUUAUGGGAGUUACUGACGGGAAAGCUUCCGUAUGAAUACUUGACCCCAUUACAAGCAGCUGUUGGAGUUGUUCAAAAGGGCUUACGGCCGACUAUCCCAAAGAAUACGCAUCCAAAGCUUGCUGAGCUGCUUGAGAAAUGCUGGCAACAAGACCCUGCAUUAAGACCUGACUUCUCGGAAAUAAUAGAAAUGCUGCAGCCGUUAGCCAGAGAGAUCGGCGAUGAAGGAGAAGAAAAACGCAAAUCAUCAGGAGGAUUCCUGUCCGUCCUUAGGCGCGGUCAUCACUAA